AUGCGCAGUAGCUCGGUUCAAACGAGUGGCGCGGCUGGGGCGAUGAAGAGGCAGAAGCCGGGCCGGUCGACCGCGGAUCUUCCGGCAGCCAUUGGGGCGCUCAGCCUGGCCUUGCCCGGAGCGAGAGUCUCCCCAGAGACCUUCCGCUUGGCCAAGUUCGACCGGCCGGAGGCGAGUAUCAUCUUCUGGAAGUUACUAUACUCUCUUCUGACGCAAAUCCAAGGUGGAGAAUGGAAGGAGUCUGCUGAUACAGGCUCUCAGGUCCGAUUUGUUAAAAGUGUGGCCUUCAGCCAUGGGUACAGAAGGCUGGCGUUCUAUGAUCUUCCUUGUGACGGUUCGGCAGGGAGCAGGGAGCUUCUCUUGGUGUUUUCCUGGUUCCUGUGUAGAAUCAACCUGAUGGAACAGCUUUUGAUGCUGAACAGAGUGAAGCCCUGGGAUGAAGUCACAGUAUGCACAUGUGAUACAACUCUGAAAAGCUGGAAGGAAGAGAAAGACCUGGCUCCGGAAAGCCACUCGAAAGGCCAAAGAGAUGUCCGAUACCUGCAGUGGUUAAAUGGCCGCCUGCAGUUUCAGUGGCGGAGUUGGCACACCGACCAGCAAGAGCAGUGCAAACUCUGGCACAAGGUACAUUCAUACACAAUCGGUUCUCAUGCUAACCCCACAACUGGCCAUUUCUCCGUCACGGAAACAGAUGCUGUGAGACAUCCAGAUAGUUGCAUGCAGAUGUUGCAGUUAAUGGAGUCUGAAAGCUCCCGAUUGGAAGCCUUUCUCAAGUGGAAACCCUUGGAGCUGGUGUAUUGGCAUUGGAUGGAAUCGGUUUUGGGUCCUGAAGCGGAAGAGACAAGACAUCACAACGAACGUCACAAAUGCAUUAUUUCACCAAGCUCUGGCGUGACAUGCUACAGUGUUGACAGGAUUGCGGAAGAAAUUGGCAGAUGCAAGAAAGAUCUGCUGGCCCUCGGUGACAUGGUGCGUGAACUCGUAAGGUGCAGGAAACUGAGCUGCCAAGGAAAGGUCGAAGCAAGAAAGCAAGAACUGGGUGAAAAGGAGUUCUGCAGGACUGUCCAAAGAGCACAAGAAACCGUGAGGCGGAAACUAUCGGAUCUUAGAGGCCAGAGUAGUCCCUGUGGAGUCGAUGAAGUGCAUGGCCCAUACAGGCUUGUUUUUACAGGCAAGUGUUCGCGCACCAUUAAAACUGGUUUCGCCCGGCCAGAACCCAAGAAAACUGUUGUGGAAGGAGUCACUGCAACCAGUGUAAUCAGUGAGCUGAGGAAGAGAAAAAUCAGACUGACGGCAGAACUGAAGCAGCGGCAGGAAGUGUGUCGGCGGAAGGUCGGCAAAGCUAUCGAGGGGCUUGGUCAAGUGCUUUUAAUCGCCCCAAUGAAAAGAUGAAGAGCAAGUGAAUGCAGACCAGUUGUCGAAUUCGGUGAGAUAAAUUUCAGAAGACAGGGUGUGAGGAGCAGGCUUUUACCUUGAACGCAGACACUUAAUUUUGAAAACUCAGACUUGGGCCAUGUAUUAAGGUUAUUUGCCUGUCUUGUUAGUAUCUCUUUCCUUCUUUGAAGGAUGGCUGUUGUGCUAUUUUUAAUUUAUUACUGUGAUUUUCUGUGUGUACUUUUGGAUCUUACUGCAGAAUGUAUUUUUUAACAAUAUUAUGUAC